CUCGAAGCUCUGCCUGUUUAGUCUUAUCUCUAAUGUGUUCACUGCAACUGCAACCACAGCCGUUCCUCAAUCUAUCCGGAACCUGCUCUUACCCAACCUUCUCUAAAUCCCCAUCUUCUCUCCCCUUUUUCUCUACGUCAACCUGUAUUUUCAAGCUGAAAUUCAGGGCCUCGUCCUCGCCUGUCCAAGAAUUUCCCCCGAAUGCCCUUCACCGGAAGAGCAAUCCGCAAUGGAGAGGAGGGUUCAGUCUAGGGGUAGACUUGGGAAUCUCCCGCACCGGCCUUGCCCUUAGCAAAGGUUUCUCUGUUCGUCCUCUCACGGUUUUGAAAUUGAGAGGACAAAAGCUUGAGCUAAAGCUGCUCGAGAUAGCAGAAAAUGAGGAGGCUGAUGAAUUCAUAAUUGGGCUUCCUAAAUCUUGGGAUGCAAAGGAGACUCCUCAAUCUAACAAAGUUCGCAGCAUUGCAGGAAGGCUAGCUGUUCGAGCUGCGGAGAGGGGUUGGAGAGUGUAUCUGCAAGAUGAACAUGGGACAUCCACAGAAGCUGCAUACCGAAUGAUUAACUUGGGCCUUGGCAAGUCUGCUCGCCAGAAAAGCUCUGAUGCUUAUGCUGCUGUGAUAUUACUAGAGAGAUACUUUGCCAUGUCUGGUAAGGACAUUGAAAUUGUUUUACCAAAGCAGAUGGAUUUGCAAGAAAAACUUAGAAGGGGUGCACCGGUAGACAUCGAUUUUUCCUCGGACGAAUUUGUGGGUUGAAAGGUUAACAAAAUCCUUGUGUUCUGCUAGUUGGCAAGUGAUGUUGGUAACAGUUUUGUACAGACAAAGAGAUUGGAAGUCUUAUUCACUUGAACUGAUUCUUGGUUCUGAUGUAGAGUUGAAGAAAUAUGCAUUAGUCCAUAAGGUAGGAAUGCUUCACAAUUUCUAAUGUCUGUGCCCGAUAUCUCUAUAUCUCGGCAUGUAAUUACAGCUGGUUUUUAUAACCAUAUCGGCAAAGACAAUUCUCUGAGUAAUCUCUUCUUCUUGUGCCUGUUUUGCUCAUGUUUUUCUUCUUUCUAAGUGAUUUGAUGGCGGUAGUGUAGAAACCAAGAACUAUACAAUGUUCCAUUGAACCAAACAGGAUAUUUGGAUGACAGAAACCGUAACUUUUGCACUUGGGGUGAGACAGUGAACGAUUGGGAUCCCAGACUUCCUUCUGUUUAUUUGUGGGAGUCGGUGAUGGGCUUGGACUUGAAGGUUGGUGUUGACAGGGAAAUGGUUGUAGUACCCGACUCAUAGGCUUCAAGUCCAGCAUGAUAGAGCUGGCCUUC